AUGCAAAAUUUCUGCCAUAAAUGCGCUCUUCAGAAAAUAAAUUCAAAUAACCAAUUUAUUUUGAAGGUUAUCACACAGCAGCAUGCGUCCGCCGUACGACUCGACCAUCCGCUGUCCGAAGCACAGCGAUCACUGUUAUCCCCAGCGGCGCAAUCCCUCCCUGGCCUCCUCCGACACCAGCCUGACCAGUUUUUCCGAACCGACCACCCAGCCCCGCGCGGCCACACCCACCACUCCACCUGCAAGACCACCAGCGCCCGCUACCACACCCUCCCCACCGACACCCACCUCACCGAGCUGAAACGGGUCAAACAGUAUGUCCGCGACCUCCAGAUCGAGAUCGCCACGCUCCGCCAGAACCAGCUGCCGCCCGCGGAGGUCUGCGAGGAAUGCCAGCGACACCGGCGGAAACACGCCACCACCAAACACCACCUCGGCCAGCUGCGCCAGCAGAACACCGAAUUAAGCAGCGCCCUGGAGGAGGCCAAUAAGGUCAUCGCCGAGCUCCAGGACGAGAACACGGCGCUGUCGCAUGCCACCCGCACGCUGAAGAAGAAAGCGGAGAAGCUCCUGCAUCUGGCGCAGAAGCGGGAUGCACUGCGGGAGGAGACCCGGCAGCUAAGUGGGGGCGCCACCGGCGCCGGGUGUGCGCAUCGGCAUUGUCAGCCGGGUGUCGGUCAGCGGGAGAAAUACGCUGGACGGAAGAAGCAGCUGCGGAAGGAGCAUGAGGAGGAUAUCGUGAAGAAGAAGUGGGAACGGUUCCGCAAUGAAGUGGCCCAUCUGAAAGGUCAAGAUUAUAUGGAGGCGCCGCCGCGGCCGGUCCGGGAUGAUCCGGCGGGGAUGAUACCGCGCGCGCCGGAUAACUGUCAACGACAUCAUGGGGAUUAUUAUGCUGCCCAGCCGGCGGGGAGUGUUGGAUUACAGCAUCCACGCACUGCGGAUGCCAUGCAGAUGAUGCAGCCGGAGGAGACCACGCGGGGAAUUAAUAUUAAGCCAGGCUACAAACGCUGCUGCAACAACCCCGCCAACCACACUCACGACGGCUACACCCCCUACCCACCCGAGCGGCAAGCCGCCCGUCCCGUACCGACGCACACCAGCCACACCGCCGCUGCCGCGCCCCGCAAAAAGGUCAUGUCGGCGACGGAGCUGGACAAAUGGACGCGCUUCUACGCCAAGAAACAGGCCGGCGACGCGCGCCGCCAACAGCGCACCGCUGCUUACCUGGCGCACUACACCCCACCUGCGGGCGGGCGCCACCCGGAGCGCACCAUGUCGGCCGGCGAGCGGCUGGAGCGUUUCCGGCAGCAGCACCCGGUGGCGGGGGGUCAAGGCGGCGGCGCGGCGGACGAUUAUGCGGAGCAGCAUCCGCGGAAUGUCUCGCUGGCCGGCACGGAUGCGGAGAGUAAGGACCGGGGGGAGGGGCCGGCGGAAAGCGCGGUGGGUAGUGAGAGUGAGGACGGCUGCUUCGCCGAGGGACAGAGUGAGGGCGUGCCGGAGGCGGAGGGCUUCGACAAGGACGGCGGACUGGAGUGUGUGAAUGCGCCGUUGCGGGAGAUUAUCUGCCAGAUUGAUUCCAUGGCUAACGCUUAAAUUAUGCGGAAUUAAAUUAUUUUUUUACGGUUUUACAUUAGUUUUACGGAAUUUUAUGACCCAUGGCCAACGCUUAGAUUAUGCGGCAUUAAUUGAUUUUUUGAUGGUUUUACGUUAUUUUUACGGAAUUUUAAUAAUGAUGUGGCUUUUAGCUUGGCGCGUAUGGCUUUUUUUAUUUAAGUCUUAGAUGUUGGCGGUGGCGGUAGCUCUGACCUUAUUUAGUCGAUACGCCUUGGCGCCUGCCCGGUUAUUUAAUGGCAUUCAUUUAAUCGAUAUAUUUACCUGGCCGGUUAAAUUUUCGCUCGAGUUUGAUACUCGAAAAUUAUAUUAUAACGAUUUAAUGUGCACUUAUCAUGUAAAUGCUUUUUCGGUUGACUGUGCAUUAAACUUUGUGAAAGUA